ACUGGAAGGAUCCACAGAGGACACCAUGUGAAACACAAGGAUGAAAAGUUUUUUAGCUAUUUGUCCCCGUGGCCUGAACGGGCAGAGUUUAGUCUAGCAUGAGACAGCAGAGGGUGAGCACCCUAGUUUUCACACACUAAAGGUGCUGAGGGGCACUAAAGCACUAAGCCGAAGAUUGCGGAGGUGGAAACCAUCACGCACACGGUAUGUUCAAGACCAGCGUCCGACAUGAGGUGCGCAAGAAGAAGUACGAGCGCACCGAUGUCUUCGAGGAGCCCAGCAGCCCAGAGACGGAGUCGGCUCCGGCCGGCCCCGCAACAGCGGCCGCCCAGGGCUGGGAGAGCCUACAGGAGCUGAACAGCCGCUUCGCGCGUUACAUCAACCGGGCGCGCGUGCUGGAGCAGCGCAACGCUGUGUUUCGCAAACAGCUGGAGACUCUUCAGCGCAUGGAGGAGGCGUCAGGACUGGAGGAGGCCUUCAGCGAGCAGAUCAGCGUCAACAGACAGCGCAUCCGCGAACUGCUGUUAGACCGAACCAAGCUGGACAGGGAGCUCAAAGACGCGGAACGCAUGUUGGAUGAGUACAACAACAGAUACAGAAAUGAAUGUGAAUAUCAAGAGCAGCUGCGGCACACGCUGGAACAGCUCAAUAAGGAAGCCGACACAGUGCUAUUGAGAAACCUUGAGUAUCAAAUCCAGCUGCAGUUCCUGCAAGAUGACGUCAACGCCACCAAAGAGAGGCACAAAAAGAACCUCGCAGAAAUCCAGACGUAUCUAAACAUCCUGCACCAGAUCAACCAGACUAUUCCCCUCAUGGCGAGCACGUCUGUCUCAGAGGAUCAGGAGAGGCUGAUCGCUCAGAGGCGCGUUCCAGCGCUACGCAGUCAGCUGGAGGAGUACAAGAGCGCCAUCUGCCAGCUACAGGCGCAGAAACAGCAGCUGCAGACCGAGACCUCUGUAUUGGAACAAACUAUCAAGACCACACAAGAGAGCUACGAUGACGAAAUCCAGCUGUACAAUGAACAAAUUGAGACCCUCAGGAAGGAGAUCGAAGAGGCUGAGAGGUCACUGGAUAAUUAUACCAAUAAGUGUCGAAAGCUGGCCAUGUACCAGACCUCUCUGGAGAACGAGCUGGAGCGGUACAAGAGGAUUAUCGAGAAUGAAGACAACAGAUUGAACUCGGCGAUAAUUGGGACACCCAUUACUUUGCUCACAUCCAAUUAUAAAUAUAGCCACAGUUCUAGCAUGACCAGGAAAGGAAAAGAUAUCACUCAAGUCAUCCAAGACAUCACCAACGUAAAGCCUCGUCAGAAGUACUUGGCUAAGAAAGUGUUUAAAAAGAAAGAGAUCACGUCCAAAGGAGCUAGUGGACUUGAGGAGAAGCCAACAGAAGAAUUUGAAGAGGAAGAGAAAGGACAGGUGAUGGAGGAGAAAGGCGCAGGAAAUGAGGAGUAUGCUCCUCGUGAGGAUGAGCCUGAUGGCGCCCAGAUCAGCAAAGCCUUCGACACGCUCUGUAACAUCAUACGCGACCGCAUGAGGCGGGUAAGGAGACCAGAGCCGAUCGCUGACUUCUUCACCAAGGGACGCUACGUACUAGUAACAGGCGACUCUAGCUACCUGGACCCCUGCUUCUUUUCAACCACCCCUUCUGCCGGUCACAUCUAUGUUACAAUCAAUGAUGGCAUGAUGCCUUAUGAUCCGUACUGGAGAGGUACACCCUCACCUGUCCCGAGCCCCCUAUCUGGACCAACACCCAUAACCCCUUCCACACCGUCAGAACCGGAAGCGGGAAAAGACGAUGGAGGUAGGAAGGAGGGUGGAAAUGGGGAGAGGGGUAAGUCAGAAAAUGGAGAGCCUCAUCCAAAGGUCCCCAGUCCACCACCGGGCCCAAAUGACGACAAAGGCCCCAGCCCUCCUCCAGGCCCCAGGCAGCCCUCACCCCAACGUGGCGGCAAGAAAAAGACCUCGGAUGAUCCCGGCAGCUUUCGAGGCCCUCCACCCAUGCCAUCACCCAGUUCCAUCCCCCCUGACUCAAUGAGUUAUGAGAAGGUAGAAGUUGUGGAGUCAGUGGAGAAGCUCUCACCUGACAAAAAAGUGAAGGGAUAUGAAGAGACAACCACAGUGGUGGAAACCAUGAUUGAGAAGACCAGCAGAAAGAAACACACCGAUAGAGCUUCCUGAAAUCACUCAAACAUUCCACACAUUCUAUCCAUUCCUGCCUUGGACCUGCGCCAGUGCCUCCUGCCUGCUGUUGACGAGAUUCCUAGUGCUGCGCUGUUAACUUCCUGCACCAUUGCACCAUUGCCUUUGACCUUUACUGUCUGAAAACUUGGGAAGCCAAAAAUAAAACGCCCCAUAUUCCCAACUAAGAACCGUGACACAGAAAACCUUAAUUGCCAGUUUCAAUUGGAUUCACAGGCUCUAUUCCAAAACCUAGUGAGCCUCCUAUGGCACCAUCCUUACCGAAACAGAACUUCUUAAGUGAUUGAUUUGAAACGUUCUACCUAGAGCUACUUACAAAGUACACAGGGGAAUCUCUGUUCAACAAAUGGUUUCAAAAGAGUUUGGUGUUACCAUGUUGCUAAGCUAAUGAAGUAUGCUCAUAAGUUUAUAAUCAUAAAAAAGGGCAUACAAAUGGUACAUUUUCAGUUUUAUAUUUUAUAUUCUGCAUUUUCUCUUGCUUCAUCUGCCGUCUUGGAUGGAUAUUUUUACUCUGGGAUUGCCUUCUCUGCAAAAGAAACUUGCAAUGCUGCCUUUUCCACAUCUUGGUUCGUAGGAGGCAGUGAACGAAAAGCUGCCUACCUUUUGGAACAGCCUUAUCAUCGGGAGGACACCUGUGAUGACUUACAAUGCUGCCUAGGUAGGCAGGUCCCUAGGUUGUGGAAUAGUGCCAUACAGCUACCCCAAUUAACACGUAUAAUAUCACCCUCUCUCGCCCUUAUCUCAGGUCAAACUAAAGCAAAUGUUUAGAGUUUUAUUUGCUACUAUUUUGUUCAAUUUAAGAUACCAGCAUUGCCCACCACAGUCUUGAUGUGUAUUAACUGUGCCACAAAUAAACAUCAAAACCAAAAAAUCUUAAUGUGUG